CUACACUUCUGUUCCCACCGCCAGCCAAUUGCCGGACAAUUACUCUCUGCCCGCGAGCCCACCGCCAUGUUUCAAUUCAGUGGCGGCCUUCUCGCAGGUCAACACGACAACGAGAAAGAAAGAUCGCCACCAGCACGGCCAAUACCUGUGACUUUCCCGUCUUUGCGUCCACCUGAACCCUCGCUGUCGGCACCCCCCCGAACCUGGAUCGGUGACUCGGGCCCUGGUGUUGCCGCCCACUUCCUCGGAUUAAAAAAGCCAGCUGAUGUCAACGUGGACACCUUGGCCAUACUGAACGUAUCGUUUCAACCAGAGUGCGAUUUUGAAACGCUCUUGGAAUCUAUUUCGAACGAUGCAGAAUCAUAUCUUCCACCCAGGUCUUGGUUCGUGGCACCUGAUCAAAACACUGCGAAACCAAGCGAACCCGCCACCAAACUCCUUUGCAACGGCAGGAAGGUUCCAGAUCACAGCGAGUUCUAUGUCCGCGCAAAAGAGAUUACUUAUAGCAACCAGGAUGCAUUUGCUAACCUCACGCGAAAGCCAAUGGGUGAGAAGGUACCACUACGUCUGGCCCACUUUCGAAAGUUCUGGGAAGGCCUUGACAACAUGGCCUACUACUGGGAUAACUCUCUUGAUGAAUAUCUUCCUUCAAAAGUGACAGAGAAUAAUGACAAUACCGGCGAUUUGAAUGUUUCGGACGAAAUGGGGAAUGCGAAUAACUCAAGUUUGCCUCUGUCGGUGUCUCCAGUUGAGGAAGAACCCCGAAAGAAGGUGAAAACAGAACCGGCUAUGAAUGCGACAGCAACUAUGCCCAUUGGUCCAGCAGCCUCGAGCAAUACCACAUUGCCUAAUGGCUCUCCCAUGUCAGCAAGUAGAGCAAUACCAGCCAAUGCAGCCCCACCAAAAGCUCCCUGGGAGGUGAACGCAGUAGCUAUAUCUGAGAGACCUGCUGAUCUGAGCAAGGGGUCUUAUAAGGGCUACCGUAUCGGUAAUGGCGCGGAGAUGCCCGACCCGUACCGACUCGAGACUGUACGUGCUUUCAUGGAACCUAUUACCUGGGCGUUUGGAGUUACGUUGGUACCACACCGCCGUCCUCCGGUGCUAUUGCUGGAGCAUGUGCGUUUCCCUGUUCGCGUGAGUACAGUCGCAUGGCGUGGCCCUCAGGAUCGAAUCCGCGCGCGUCAAGGAUGGAUGGAAGGCCCCGUCCUUGGUGUGCAAUGUAGAGCAGAAACCGGGUUCGGUUCAAGCGGGGACUUGCAAGCCGAAUCCAUCCUGGAUACUGUCCGCGAGCUAGGUGGACUACUUUUGCUCGCUCAGGAAAGGGCAAGGGAGGGGAAGACCGAGAAAAGGAGCGGUGAAGGCAAGUGGUGGACGAUGAGGCAUCGCUGGGGAGGCGGCCCAGGUGGGGAAGUGGGCGAAGGCAAGGGUGCAAGUGACGCGCCAGCUCCAGACCAAGUGCCCAAGGCAGACCAAAGCAUGGCUGGAAGGUCCCGCGACGGGUCCAAGAUUCGGCGGAAACCGACACCAGCAGAAAUCUGGAAGACCCUGAAACCUGGGAAUCCACUGUGGGAUCCAAAGGUGGUCUAUGAAGCGGUCGGCAAAGAUCGUAAAUCCGCUUGGGAUGAUGUCUUUUUAGUGUCGUCAUUGAACCAUCAUAUCAGCGUUCUGAAGCUACGGGUGCAUCCAGACUACCUUCGAUUCUUGGCCGACGGCACUCUCCCUCAGAACCAAGCUGAUCUGGCAUGGUCUUCACCAAAGCUGCAGAGGACUCGAUGGUUUGAUUUGUUCAACAUUGAUGAUCGCACAGAAGCCAUGCGGGGUAUCUGGGGCAUCAUGAAUUACCUCAUGCGAGCUCAAGAUGAGCAAGAUGUACCCAUGGCGGAUACCUGAAUAUAUUUGAUCUGUCUAGAUAUGCCAAGCGAAGGUAUGAAGGGCAGAAAAUCGUCUCCUCGUCCUUGACUCGCCCCGACGACUGUGUCUUUGGUUGACAUGGCAGGAAUUGGGAUGGAUCGUAAUCCUACAUGCGAUAGACCAAUCAGAGAUACAUUCACAC